AUGACAGGUUUUGACGAUGAUCCAACCGAUUCCGAAAACUUUAUCCCGUCCUCUAAUAUUGAACCGCCACCUCCUAUCGAUUACCCGAUAUCAGGGGAUCAACGCAUUGCUUCGUCAUCUCCGAUUCAACCACCACACCUUUCAACUAAUCGACCUGACCCUACUAUCCUAGUGGCUGAUCCAUUUGUCUCCAGUAGUAGCUACCAACAAAUCAGACACACUAGUGGAGGUGAUUUUAACUCUCCUAGAGCGAGUCAGUUAGAUAACGUCCGACUGACGUCACUCGAGGUUCGCACAUCGGCCCCAGUAACAAUUUCCAGCAAACGCGAACAAUGUUCUAGUGCCUACAUGGCUUCCGGGGAGAGCACACGCCAGGAUUCCUGCUCCUCAGCUUGUUCACCUUCUUCAAUAUCCACUGGUCAUGUGAAUGCCAAAACCACAAAUACAACUUCAACCCGCACCACACGGUCGGGGUCUGAUAUUUUUCAAUCAGACUCUUCGGAAUUCCACAAGCCGCUGCUUCCACCAAACAAGCGGAUAACAACUGUAUCUACAUCGACAACAACAACGGCGAUUACAGAUGAUCAGGAUACAUCGCCUUUGUUUUCAUAUGUUCUCUCGUUAUCUGUGCUCCGUCACGUACCUAAGGUAGAAAGGGCGGAAUAUGUGGAAUUCAAUUCGCCAGAUUUCGUCAAAACUGUUGCUUGGCGGAAUCGUGUACAAAGAAUGGACGAGAACGCAGAAUCAGCAGUGUCAGACGCAGCCAAGAUAUUAGCUGAUGCCUUUGCUGAUUGGCUUAGAGAGAGUUUGGUUUCCGAAAGUGAAGGGGUCCAUUCUGAUUACAACCAACCGCCUGCAACUGUGGUUCCUCGCCGCCAAAUCACCAACGAUGCCCGACUUUCCUCUUCGUCUUCUGACUGCUUUGAUUCCCGAAAGUCGACCCGUUUGAGAGUGAUUCCACGCGGUCUCCUGGACAAACUUUUGGAUCAAAUACGUGCACUUGUUUACGCAAAAUGGAGAACUGAUGAGUACUAUUACUCUGGAUACAUUGUUAAGGCUUUGGGCGUUGACAGAUAUCGUAUUCGCUUUGAUGAUAAGUCGAGUGGCAUCAUACCGGCCAAGGAUAUUCUUCAGCAUGCACUUCUUCCGAUUGGAUCAAAUGUAGUUGUCGAUAACUCAGGACGCGGUGAAUACGAAGUUGGCUACGUGAUUGUGGGUCACGAAAAUCGUGCCGUUGCGGAUCCAAUGAAGGCCAUGCCUUCGUACGUCGUCAAGUGCAUCGAGGAUGGCCGAGAAUUCACGCUCGAACGACUCAGGGCCGCCAUCCACUUGGAUGAAGUUAAACGCCUCUCCGCCCUGGGUUCCGUUGUGACUAUCGGCGAAACAUCCGGUUGCGCCUCAAUGACGAGCGACCACUCUCAGACGCCAUCCAGCGCUUCUUCGCCGUGCUUACGAUCUCGUGGUGUCUCAUCGAAGGUGGCCAGUGCUGAUGUGUCUUUAGAUAAUAUUGUCUAUGGAAAGCGUUCAUUGACCGAGAAGCGCGGGGUUUUGGAACGGGCGGCCCCACUAAGUGCUCCGAUCAGACGAGGCAUUCGGAGAAAGAUGCCUUCCCAGGCUGGAGACACCUCGACGUCUGUACCUUCCUCGCCUGAGUCGUGCAAGAUGCGUCAAAAGGCGAUGCUGCUCCGCAAGGGCACCAGUGCCAAAACGUCCAGCCGGCGACACGUUAGGUUGAGUCAAAGAGAAAGCCAAAUGUGGGCCUUUGGUCGCCGUGUGGUCGCCAAUGCUUCGCUUACGAGCCGAACCGAGUCGAGUGGACGUCAUCGACCACGCAGGAUCACCUCAACAAAAAAGUCGGUUGUCAAGCGGCAAAAGUUGUGCGAUCUUUCCGACAACAUGACCACUCCACGACCUCAGUUGUCACAAAAGCCCCAGGUGGCCGCAUCAACCAUGGAAGAGUCGAUUAGUCAGCAAUUGACACAACCGAUGAUCGAUGUGGAGCCUGAACUUACCGCAGAACCCGCCGUAACAUUAAGAGGUGGGAUGCCCUUUUACACUUUAUGA